GUACCCUGCUGUGGGAGCUUUGGUCAGGAACUGCCCAGGAGCGAACGUCUGAAGGAAUCUCCAAACUUUUGCACUUAUGUCUACAUGGUUUUCCCUUUAGUUUUGCCACGUUUAUAGUUCGACCAGCGUGAAAAUAGCGACUCGGUUCAGUCGGCGAUGAUGUGGAUGUUACCGGGGGCCUGGAGAAAGGAAACAUGAGAGGGGGAAAAGUUGUGGAAUGAUGCCUGAGCGACUGCAUCCCUCCCUCCAAACUUCAGCUAAGGUGGCUAAAGCUAUCACAUUGGAGGCUAUCACAAGUUGGAGGACCUCUACAUAUCUACAUCCACUGCGACGCGGAGUUUUUGGCAUCACCCAAAGCCAGGGGGUCUGUAUCUCGGAUGAAGAGCCCUACAAUGAAGGUGACGGUGACUUUUGGGCAGACUGGUGUGGUUGUACCCUGCAAGGAGGGAUGGACAGUGAGGGACCUCAUCCAACAAGCCACACAGAGAUACAGGAAACUGUUGGAACAGGAAGGGGAAUUCCUUGUACGGACACACCAUGUUGAAUACUGUGAUGGGGGGAUUCUGGACCCUGAUGACAUACUGAGUGAUCUGGUAGAGGACAAGGACAAGCUGAUGGCUGUGUACGAGGCACAGGAAGCCCAGGAGAGGGAUGCGGCAAACACAAGCCACGUCCCCAGCCCUGACCGCUACCAGUCUGAGCUUUCUGUCUUCCAGCCAGUCACAGGAGGGGAGAUUGAAGUCACUUCAUCAGCUCUCAAAUCAAACAACCCCCUGCUGGUGAGAAGCAGCAGUGACUCAGCACUUGGACCUCCGUCAGCAAACCUGGAUCCGUCCUGCCGUGAAGAUACCUUUGUGAUUGCACCAAGUCCUACUGCUGAGCGGCCUGACGUUAAACAUACCUUCAACGACAGCCUGACCAGAACAGUGGAGAUCCUUGGGGGGGACUGUCCUUUGGGCAUCCAUGUGGUUCCUUACUGCUCAUCUCUCAGUGGACGGUCUCUUGGUUUGUACAUCCGUGGGGUGGAGGAGGAAAGCCGUUCAAGUAAGGAGGGUUUGUUUCGGGAAGAUGAGUGCAUCGUGAAGAUCAACAGCAACGACCUCAUGGACAAGACCUUUAGCCAAGCUCAAGAAAUCUUCAGGCAGGCGAUGCACUCCCCAGUUGUUUCUGUGGAAGUACUUCCUCCAUCCAACAGAGAAAACUUUGAGAAGAGCCUCAUAGGUCAGCUGUUGAGCAACAGUGCCGGUCCUGACAGCAGUCCCCGAAUUCCCCAGACCAAAGAACCUCCUCCGCCUGUCAAAGCCAAACCUGUGUUCAAGAAUCCUGAGAGGCCUGCCGUGAGAGUGGCUGAAGAUGCCCCCACUUUGGAAACUACUUCUCAAGGGAGAAGUGAAACCUCACUUUCUGAAAAAAGUCCCACCUUGUCCAGCCUGAUGGCCAGUAAGACAGGAGGACGCAGAAUGAGAAUUGACCUUAAAAAAGGUUCGGAGGGUCUUGGCUUUACAGUGGUAACAAGAGAUUCUUCAAUCCAUGGUCCUGGGCCAAUUCUCGUCAAAAACAUUCUCCCACGUGGGGCCGCUGUUAAAGAUGGACGUUUGAGAUCGGGAGACCGCAUAUUAGAGGUAAACGGCGUGGAUAUAACAGGUGUCGGCCAGGAGGAGUUGGUGUGUAUGCUGCGUGGCACACGGCACGGAGAGAGUGUGUGUCUUGUGGUUCUCCGCCAAGAAGAUAUAUUUAUGCCCCGUGAGAUGAAAGACGAUAGGUCCCGUGACCGGGGCUUCAUUUUGGAAAAUGGAAAAGAACAGCUCAUGUUCGAGGUGCCCCUCAAUGACACUGGCUCAGCGGGGCUGGGUGUCAGCCUCAAAGGAAACAAGUCAAGGGAAACCGGGGAAGACCUGGGAAUUUUCAUCAAAUCCAUUAUUCACGGAGGAGCGGCUUACAAGGAUGGACGUCUGCGCGUCAAUGACCAGUUGGUCGCCGUGAACGGGGAACCUCUGCUUGGACACUCUAAUCAUGUUGCCAUGGAGACACUCCGCCGUUCGAUGUCACAUGAGGGAAAUGUCAGAGGGACCAUCCAACUUGUGGUGAUGAGAGUUUGUGAGGCACCACAUGGAAUCUCCCCAAGUUGCACAUUGGAUAACUCCGCUAUCCUGGCUGACCUUAUGAAUCCUACAGGAAUGGUUUGUCAGACCACCGACCACACCCCCUCUCCGAUGGCGAACAGCACACUCCAUGCACUUGAGGGAACAUCUUCUCACAUGGAUGAUGAGGCAGAACAGAGUGGACAUGACACAGAAUCAAGAAGCUCUGCAAAUUUCUCCUACCUACAGGACAGGGAAAGCCCAGCACAUCAGUUUCCAUCCCAGUAUGACAACCAGCAGCUGUUCCAGCAUGUAAAAGCCUCCAAGAGUAUGGACUUGGGCACGACUCCGAACCAGAUGCACACUGUUGCAGAUGAGCGCACUGGAGGAUCUAUGGUUGGAAACACAUCAGCUCCAUCGAUCGCCAUUGGACCCGGCCCUACUCUCGGCUUGAAAAAGUCCUGUUCGUUGGAGAGUCUGCAAACGGCCAUGUCGGACAGAAAAAAUGAACACCUACCUUUCCACCGUCCUCGUCCCAAUAUCGUCAGAGGAAGAGGUUGCAAUGAGAGCUUCAGGGCAGCUAUUGAUAAAUCCUAUGAUGGGCCACCUGAAGACGAUGAUGAUGCAUCAGAGCAAAGUUCAGGACGGGAAACGCCAGCAAGCAGCUCCUCGCGCCAAGGAGCUGUGGAUCCGGUGGAGGAAAAACCAAAAGCAGACAAGAAAAAGAAAGUGAAAAUAAAGAAGAAGGAUAAGAACAAAGGCAAGGCAAAAGAAAAGGAAAAAGAGAAGAAAAAAUCAGAGGAGUCAGAGGAGACAGAAAAGAAGUCUAAGAAAAUAGGCUUCGGCCUGCUGAGAUUUGGAAAGAAAAAAGAGGACAGGAAGGAGGCCAAGGCAGAUUUGCAGAAGUCUGACAUCCUGAGUCAUGUGGAAUUGGAACGGAUGAAAGAAGAGCGAGAGAGAAACGAAGCUGCCCAUCCCGAGCUGUGUGAGCAAGACUACCAAGGCCAGCAAGUUGAAGGUGGCAGAUCUACAUAUCCAGAUGUUGAAGAUGAUGACGCAGACCCCAAUUAUGCCCGAAUACAGUCUUUUAAGGAUCGUGAUAUGGUUUCACCACCACAGCUUCAGUCCUUUUCACAUAGUAUAGCUCAGCAUGGCCAUGUCAGGACCCCUUCUCCCCAAAUCGCACCAAGCUUUCAAGGGCCGACCAAUCGUGGUAAUGACCCCGGAGUCAUACCUGAUGAAGACCACUUUGACGGACUUUAUGCAAAGGUCAACAAACCAAAAGGAGCUGGGACUGCAUCAGCGACUGUGUCUACAACUUCUAAUGAUAGCAAUAUGGACAGAAUCCAGCAGCUAAGAAAGGAAUAUCAACAGGCCAAGAGAGAGGGAAUAGUGCCCCCAUAUGAGGAACUGGACCCGCGUCAUAGAAGGCAUGACAAGGACAGGAUUCCAGGCAGAGGGAAAGAUCAGCGAAUGGUGCCACAACAUGAAGAAGCAGAGCGUCAGUAUGCCUCCCUACCAAGACGAGGUCCAUUGGAUCCAGCUGAGUACACCAUGCAUCCCUGGUCAGGUCAUUACAUUGGCGCUCCCCAGGCUCCACAAGGUUACCACAAGGCCCCGUCCUACCCUCACCCCAACUCUCAGCCCCCUCCAUCAUUCUCCAGCUUCCCCCCCAGCCAGCCAUAUUCACGGCCAGCGGACCCUCGGGGAGUUGACUCGGGGAGUUUUUACCCCCACCCAAGCUCCCAGCAGAGAGGACCCUUGCGACAGGAUGUGCCCCCGUCACCUACCCCUCCACAUCGGGGACUACGGUACGACACGAUAACCCGCGGCACUGCUGGGGUAGGAGGUUACAGGCACCUUGUGGACCCCGGCCCUGACCAGUAUGUAUACAGUGGCGAGACUGGCAGACGGCAACAUCAACACCAAGCCGACCCAAGACAGAAGAAUGCCAUGACUGCAGCCGUCUAGAUUGACAUCAGUUACAAGUAGUACUUUUGUAUACAAUACUACAUCCACUGCUCCGAAGAGAAAGAGAAGUCGACAUUGACCGUCAUAGCGGUGGAAUUCAAAUCACAGCCAUUAUCAAACACAGCCCGCUGUUUGAAGUAAGGUAACAAAGGUUAAUUGUAGACUGUGAUGCACAAUAUCAUGUCGUUUGAAGGCAUUUCAUUGCCUCCCUUGUCGUUAAUGAACCACAUGUUUAACCACCACUUUCCAGACACAAUGGAAAUAUCAGUCAGUCUGCUGGUUAGAACUCCUGCUCGGUUACAAAGGUACAGUCUUCAUGGGGCAGAAACCCAGUCCUCUUUUUGAGGGAAUACUAAACACACACUCAUACUUUCAUUUUUAAAGACAUCAGCUACUAUUUUGAAAAAUAUCAUCGAAAUGUAUUUCUUUAUAUAACUUCUUAAAAAACAUUUCACAAGUUUUUACCACUUUUUUACAUUAGAGGAUGAAUUAAUGAGCUAAUUUUGAUUGAGUAUACUUGAAUAAUCUACAUGACAGUAUGAUAACUUCAGUUCUAUUUUAGCCUUUCCACUUAAUCCAUGAUGUUAAACCUGUGUUGGUCAUCACUGACUGAUUGUCUAAAUGUAUUAUUGACAGAAACAGAGCAAUGUAAAAACAGGCCAAAACCACUUGGAAAAGCUUUCAACAUCCAACAUGAGUUUAAGCAAUCAAAUUGUUGACCAAUUCAAUGAACAUUUUAUUCAUUUUAUUCUCUACUGUAGUAGAGUGCUUUCCACUCAAUAUCAUCUUUUAAACAUUUACCUUAACGUGUAAUAAUAGUGUCUAACUAAACAAGACAGAGAGAAAAAGAAUGUGUGUCAAUGGAAAACGUUCUUUGUCAUAUUAAUCAGGAUCCUACUUGAACAUCUCUUUGGCCCGGUUAUGUGUUCAAGUGCACACAUGGGCGGAAACAGGAACUGCGCUGGAAAGUCCACUUAUUGCACCAUUUAACCACUUACUGAACCAUCACUUCAGUGUACCGAAGCCACGUCCACACCAACACUGGUAUUUUCAAAAACGCACAUUUGCCCCUCUCUGAUUCAAAAAAAAAAUCUGCUGCAACCCAGCGGCGAUGUAAAACUGCUUCUGUCCACAUCCACUUUCUAUACCGUUUACCCUCACGAGGGUCGCGGGCAUGCUGGAGCCUAUCCCAGCUGUCUUUGGGCGAGAGGUGGGGUACACCCUGGACUGGUGGCCAGCCAAUCACAGGGCACAUAUAGACAAACAACCAUUCCCACCCACAUUCAUACCUAUGGACAAUUUGGAGUGGCCAAUUAACCUAGCAUGUUUUUGGAAUGGGGGAGGAAACCGGAGUACCCGGAGAAAACCCACGCAUGCUCGGGGAGAACAUGCAAACUCCACACAGAGAUGUCAGAGCAGGGAAUCGAACCCAGGUCUCUGAUCUGCCGUGCUAACCACUUGACGGCGAAAUGAAGCUUUUUCCAAAGGCUCUGUUUUAAGGACAAAACCUACAUUUGUGUAUGGACGGAAAGCCAAAAUAGAAAAAUAUGCUUUUUUUAAAUCCAUAUUUGUGUGGACAUAGCCUACAAGUUCUAACCUGUUUCUGAUUUUAGUUGUAUUCAUUUCAUGGGGAUUGAAUACAUUUCAUAAAAUGAAAUGCACACCUUGGGACGUUGUCUCAAAGCAGCUGCAUCGUCUGAUGUAAAAUAAUCCAAAUAAGAUGGUACAGCUGAUGGAUACGGCGACAAAUAUAAUAAUAAUAGUUUGAGUGCAGUGAGGAUGAAAAAGGGAAUCGGGAAGAACGGAUGUGCAAAGAAAGCUCGAAGUGAGAAGAUGCAGUCCACGAAUAAUGAAUGUCACUCGGAGGUUUGGUCCAGAGUUGAGCGUAAAACACGGAGGUGCACCUCUGCAGUGGGAGGAAUACACUUUUAGUGCCAAGGUGAAUAACAUCACUACCACUGGAAAAUGUGUUGCAGUAUGACUGUGAAAGUGGAGUGUGUGAGAGAGGAAAUGAUCUGAUGUGUUAAAAAGAGAAUGUGGAGAGGAUAGAAGAGGAGCUCACUUAACCGAGAUGUGAACGUUACAAAGAGUCGCAUUACUUUUCAUAUAUGGAACUGAAUUUAUUUUUUACACAUUUAUUUUUAUGAAAGUUUAUGGUUAUUUGGCGCUUCAGCGUUUUUAACAGACGUCGCCGUGCUGCUGUAACUACAUGUCGUUUGUACCGUUCUCCGAAAAUCAAAGCAUAUUUUUACACACUGACUAAUAGUUGAGGGGACACGUGAUUCCUUUUAUAGACCCAAGUUCAUAAGGAGUCACUCACAGAAGUGAAUCGGAUGCUCAAUUCACCCAAGUCACUCGUCCCGAAGCACAUGUACAGAAACACGCUUGUGUGCAAGGAAUUGAACCCAUGAGUCAGUGACCCGAGUCUUUGACGAGCACAAGUGUCAGUGAAACACCAGUCUUCAUCAAGCCACUAGUCGAUGAAACUCGAGUUUGCCGUGGGCACCUGUGAGUCACUAAAACUUGAGUCUGUGUUGAGCACCUGUGAGUCAAUGAAACCCGAGUGUUCGUCAAGCAUCUAUGAGGCAGUGAAACUCAAGCCUGUCAAGUACCCGUGAGUCAGUGAAACUCUGGUCUUUUUCAAAUACCCGUGAGUCAGUGAAAACUGGUCUGUCAAGUACACGUGAGUCAGUGAAACUCUGGUCUUUUUCAAAUACCCGUGAGUCAGUGAAACUCCGGUAUUUUUCAAGUACCCGUGAGUCAGUGAAACACAAGUCUUAGUCAAAGCGUGAGGCAGUGAAACUCGAGGCUUGGUCGAGCACACGUGCGUUCAUGAAACUCCAGUCCAAUCUCAAGUUUGCAUGAAUCCAUGAGUCAAUGAAACACAGGAUUUUGUCAACAUGGAGGUCAGUGAAACUCUAGUCUCAACGAUCACCUGUGAAUCGCUGAAAUUCACGUCUUUGCCAAGUACCCGUGAGUUAGUGAGUCUCGAGUCUUCCCACUUAGAGUAACAGUUGUCCAAUUAUUCACCUGUUAACUUUUUUUAAUUUAGCUAGCAGUAGCAUGGGUGAGUAAGUUUACAGAUAUGAGUACCCUGGAGUCCCGAUUUAGUAAAACACCAGCGAGUAUUUAACCACUUAAUCCUGACUUGCACAUCUCUAAGCUUUUCCAAAAAGAUUGCAUUACAGUGUAAGUACGAGUGUAUUACAGCAUGGCUACGUUUGUUACGGUGGUGUAAGCGGGGUCUUUGGUUUGCUUGAUAUAAGCUGACGGUACAUACCAGUGGCUUCCAUUGGAAGACUUCUGGUGUUCAACUUAUGAAGGAACAAAUGAAUAUUGUCUCUUUUGUACAAGUUCAACAUUUUUAUAUUAUACUAUAUUGUAUUCCAAAUCAAUUAUCAUAGCCACAAUUUUUAUUUGUGUUCAGCAUUUUAUAUCCAUGUACAUAUAUACGUAACAUGUUUUGCUAUUAAAAACC